AAAAUAAGUAGGCGGCUCGGUGCUAAGGGAUGAGUGAGUCGGAGCUCGGCCUCUCCCCUGCGCGUUCUCAGCUGCUCCUGGUUCAGCCCCAGCGAGGGAGCCGCGAGCGAGACUCACCAUCCCCGGCGGGCGGGACCAGCGGCUACUGAGUGCUCCCGCGUGCCGGGCGCUCGGAGUCCCCGCAGCCGGAGGCGGGUCGGGACUCUAGAGCUUCAGAGGUGCUUGUGGGCUCCAACGCCUGUGGCUUCCCGGGUCCUUCUCGCGAAAACCCCAGAGACGUGCUCAGCUCCGGGACCGCCGCGGAACAAGAUCGAAAUUGAGAAGCCACCAAAACUGCCGAAAUGGGCAGCAAAACCUUGCCAGCACCGGUGCCCAUCCACCCAUCCCUGCAGCUCACUAACUACUCGUUCCUACAGGCAGUGAAUGGCCUGCCCACAGUGCCCUCGGACCACCUGCCCAACCUGUAUGGUUUUAGUGCAUUGCACGCUGUGCACCUGCACCAGUGGACGCUGGGCUACCCGGCCAUGCAUUUGCCACGCUCCUCUUUCUCCAAAGUGCCGGGUGCAGUGUCCAGCCUGGUGGAUGCACGGUUUCAGCUGCCUGCCUUUCCCUGGUUCCCUCAUGUCAUCCAACCCAAGCCCGAGAUCACCGCUGGAGGCAGCGGCCCAGCACUCAAGACCAAGCCACGCUUUGAUUUUGCUAAUCUGGCCUUGGCUGCCACGCAGGAAGAUCCAUCCAAGCUUGGCCGAGUGGAGGGUCCCGGCUCCCCUGCAGGUGGGCUGGGUGCCCUCCUGGACGUGACCAAGCUGUCCCCAGAAAAGAAGCCCACAAGGGGACGCCUACCGUCCAAGACCAAGAAGGAGUUUGUCUGCAAGUUCUGUGGCCGGCACUUCACCAAGUCUUACAACCUACUUAUCCAUGAGCGGACGCACACUGAUGAGCGGCCCUACACCUGUGACAUCUGCCACAAAGCCUUCCGGAGGCAAGACCACCUACGGGACCACAGAUAUAUUCACUCCAAAGAGAAACCUUUCAAGUGUCAAGAGUGUGGGAAAGGAUUCUGCCAGUCCAGGACUCUCGCUGUCCACAAGACGCUACACUCACAGGUGAAGGAGCUCAAACCUCCAAGAUCAAAUGCUAAACAAAGCCUCCGGGUCACCAGGACCCCGGGCUACGCCGCCUUCUCCGGCAGAGGGACCAAGCCUGAAGGACUCUGGCGGGCAGCGGGAGAGGCGCUCGGGACCUUCCCCCACCCCAAUAUUGUCCCCUGGGUCCUAGGCACACGCAGCGCUCCAGAGCCCCGCCCCCGGCCGCGACCCUGACCG